AUGGCUACAAGUUUCAGCUCCUCAAUCUCUACAAGUACAUCUUUCUUUCCUCAUUUUCACGUUGCUACAACAACAAGAUUCACUCUCCAGAAACCGGCUUCCAUUUUCAACGAUAGAAAAACUAAUCUCUCAUUCAGCCUACGAAGCCCCAUCCCUGCUCGCCUUGCUAUCUCUUGUGCAGUUAAGCAAGAGACAGUGGAGAAAGUGUCUGAGAUUGUGAAGAAGCAACUGUCGCUCGCCGAGGAUCAAAAUGUAACAGCCGGAACAAAAUUUACUGAACUUGGAGCUGAUUCUCUUGACACGGUGGAGAUAGUAAUGGUUUUGGAGGAAGAGUUUGGGAUAACAAUGGCUGAAGAAAGAGCGAAGGAGAUUGCAACAGUCCAACAAGCUACUGAACUCAUUGAAGAACUCGUCCAACAGAAAACCGCUUAA